AUGACGGGUCUACAAGCACGCGAUGGAGGUGCUACUAUCCAGCCGCCGCUGCCUCAGGCGGCUGGUUAUGUGGUUGUUGUUGUGCUAGGAUUGGUGGUAGCACUUGCAGUCAUGAUGUACGUGACAAAAAUAUUGAAGAACACGACCGGAGAGGACACGAAAAAGACGGAAAUGUUCAUGACGGCAAACCGAACAGUCCGGACCGGUUUGACCGCAUCUGCUGUGAUUUCGUCAUGGCUCUGGACAACAGCUAUCCUAGGGUCCUGCUUCACAGGCUACGACUACGGCGUAUCAGGACCAUUCUGGUUCGCUGCCGGAUGCAGUCCCAUGAUCGUCUUCUUCGCUCUGCUGGGUAUCUCCUGCAAGAGAAAGAUUCCUGAAGCUCAUACUUCUCUGGAACUUGUUCGGAUCCGAUAUGGGAAAAUCGCCCACGCUGUCUUCAUGGUCCUCUGCCUCGUCAACAAUAUCUUUGCUAGUGCCAACAUGCUCCUCGGUGCUGCCGCGGUCAUUGCAGCUGUCUCGGGGAUGCACAUUAUUGCAGCGACAUUCCUGAUUCCCGUUGGUGUGACGGUGUAUACCUUUGUCGGCGGUAUCAAGGCUACCUUCCUUACCGACUACUUCCACACGGUCAUCAUCCUGGCCAUCUGCUGCUACUUCAGCAUCAAGGGAUUCCAGAACGACCAUGUAGGCUCUGUUGGCGAGUUGUUCGAUCUCAUCCAGAAGGCUGGGCAGGCGCAUCCUGUGUCAGGAAAUUCGAAUGGCUCGUACUUGACCAUGACUUCUAAGAGUGGUAUCCUCUUCGGCAUCCUCCACACAUGCUCCAACUUCGGCCUCGUCAUCAUGGACACAUCCUAUUUCAUUAAAUCCUUCUCCGCCACUCCCCGCUCCGUCGUCCCCGGCUACACAAUCGGCGGCAUCCUCUACUUCGCCAUUCCCUGGGCCCUCGGCACAGUAAUGUCCUCGCUAGCCAUCGGCCUCGAAUCCCACCCCUCCUUCCCAACCUACCCCCGCCGCAUGACAUCCUCCGAAGUCAGCGGCGGACUGGUCCUGCCAUAUGCUGCGAUCGCGAUUGCGGGUAAAGGUGGCGCGACGGCUGUACUCCUUAUGACAUUCAUGGCUGUUACGUCGACGUUGAGUGCGCAGGUUAUUGCCGUGAGCUCGAUUUUGAGUUUUGAUGUUUACCGGUUGUAUUUCAAGAAGGGGGCUAGUGAUCGGGAUAUCAUUCGGGCUAGUCACCUAGGGGUUAUUUUCUUUGCGGCGUUUGCGGCAGGGUUUAGUACCAUGUUGCACUAUGUAGGGAUUGAUCUUGGUUGGACGCUAUACAUGCUUGGAGUGGUAACAUGCCCGGGCGUCUUCCCAAUGGUCUUCACCGUCCUCUGGAAACACCAAUCCAAAGCCGCCGCCAUCCUCUCUCCGAUCCUCGGCAUCGCAACCGGAAUCGCCGUUUGGCUCGGCACAGCACACCACUUCUACGGCUCCGUGUCCGUCUCCGCGACAGGCGGACUACUCCCCUGCGUCUAUGGAACCGUUGCGUCUGCGUUCUCACCGAUCCUCUACUCGGUUGUUAUCACGCUGUUUAAGCCGCAGAACUACGACUGGAGUAACUUCCGGCAGGAGAGACUUGCGUUGGAGAAGGUGGAGGGUGACUUGACGACUGUGCACAAGGAUGGACAUGGGCAGGAUCAGCACCGGAAUGAGGAAGACGGAGCGCAGCCCGCGCCGCAGGCUAGCAAAGCCAAAGAACUGAAGAGAUGGACAAGAAUUGCCGCAUUCUGGUCCGCUGCCACGUUCUUGGGACACUGGGUUAUCUGGCCGUUGCCGAUGUACGGUUCAAGAUACGUUUUCGAGAAGAAGUUUUAUUAUGCCUGGGUUAUCGUCGCCAUAAUCUGGCUGUGGAUCACCAUGCUGGUAACAACCUUCUACCCGAUCCUCGAUGGCGGAUGGCAGCAGAUCCGCGACGUGUACAACGGGUGGAAGAACAAUAAGCGCGCGGCGGGAUCGAUUGAGGGAACUGUGCCGGGUAGUCCGCCGAGUCCGGAGGAGGUGGAGGUUGAGGGAAAGGAAACUAAAUGAUUUUUUUUAUAGAAUGGGGAUGAGGGGAGGUGUGGUGAAAGUAUGGUAUGUAAUGGGGAUAUAUAUGGAUCUGUUAUGAGGAAUGGCUGUUUGUUUUUUGCGGUAUACCCCUGAUAUGUAUCUGGAAAAGGCGUGUUAGGAUUGUGAUGGAUAUAGCUAUUAUGAUAGUGUUUAAUGUUAAAUACGCCAU